GCAUGGCGGGCAGCGAGGCGUGGCGGCCGCCGCGCCCGUGCGAGGACUACUGGGCGGAAUGGAAGCGGUGCCGCGGGCUGCGCCACGCUUUCCACCACUACUACGCGCACGGGGAGCUGCCGCAGUGCGCGCGGUGGCGGGACGACUACGAGGCCUGCCGGGCGUGGGAGAGCGGCGCGGGCGCCGCCGCGAAGGAAGCUUUGUGCAAGAGUGAAAGAUCUCGAGUUAUGGAAAAACAGAAAUAUGCUCCAGUGUGGACGCUCCGGAAGAGCCCCCCGUCGGACUGGUACCUGCCCCUCAACCAGGACAAACCGGAAUAGCGAGACUGUUCUGCCAGGGUCGGAUCUCUUCUCAGCAACAGAGAUGCAAGCAAAGAGAUCGCACGUGGAUGUGUGAUCCAACUGCCCUUCCUCAACAGUGACUCCCUGAGGUGCUGGUGUUAUGCACGGCUGGAGCACGGCAGCACCCAAGACCUGCGUCUGAGAAACAAGAGCCCAGACUGCACCUUGCCAGUGCAGGGCAAUCAAAACCUGUGGCAUUUGGAAGGCACCACAUGGCUUCAGUGUUCUCGUACUUCAGG